GCAAGAGGUGCGUCUUCCUUUUUGUCUUUUUCUUGCGACAGAGGGGCCUCACUUUUCCUGAGCAAUUGUCUCCCUCCCUCUCGCACCCAUCGGACGCCGGCACUCCUGUCUAAAGUAAUCCGUUUGCAGGGCCAGCGGUUGAAGUCUCGGAGAGGAAAAGGACAGAAUAGAACCUGUUCUUUUCUGGCCUUUGGCGUGGCCGGCCUUCCGUUCCUCCGUCUCGUCUUCGCUACCUGGGAUAGGAAAGAGAUUUAAUUGGCCCAUCUUCUUUCCUUGGGGUUGAUCACCUAAAGUUAGGAUUUUGAUUCGUCGACGUUGCUGGGUUUCUUGGGUCUCAGGCCUAGUGUUCUUCCGGGGUUCGUAGCUGAUUCUAAAAAAUAUGUAUAUAUAUGUCUUUUUCUUGAUUAUUUUGAUGGGUUUGAGGUGUUUGGAUUAUAAUUCGAUUUGUUCUGGUAUAAAGAUGGAAUCUUGAUCGAUGUUUGCUUUGGGGAACCUCCCUGGCGUUUUGAUGGGUUGUCUCUGACUUUUCGAUUGUUUCGGGAUACGCUGAUUAUUGUUCCCGAGGAUUUAGGGUGAAGUUAGAGUUUUGAUCGGGAGAGUUUACUUUGUGGUGUAUCGAGUAGGAUUCCUCGGCAUUUCCUUUUUCCCAUCUCCGUUUGGGUACCUUCUGAAUGUGCAACUUUGUGUGGUUUCUGGAGAUCAUUUUCUUGAUUUUCCAGUUGGCUUUUGAUGUUUAGCGCUGUUGGUGCGGCUUUGGAGUUGGCUUAGGUUUCGGUGACUUUCGAGAUUGCCGGGUGCUCUUCUUCCUUAUGUUUGUGCUUCCAACUUCCCCCCGGUAAUCUGCUGGGAAUAUAUGCUCUCUGUUGAGGAAGUUGAUCUACAGUACAAGGAGAUUUUUGUUUUGUUGGAUUGGGAUGCCCUUGGAUCAGAGAAUUCAUUAGAAUUUAUAGGUCACCGGGGUUGAGGCCAUAGCGUAUUAGGACUGUUUAAGCACUCUCCAGGCCUCCAAGGAGGAACUCUGGAGUUCAGUUUCCUUGGGGUUGUUUAAGAUGGCCUGUGUGAAGCUUGGUUCGAAGACUGAUGGGUUUCAACGGCAAGGGCAGGCCUGGUUCUGCACAACUGGCCUACCAAGUGAUGUGACUGUUGAAGUUGGUGAGAUGACCUUUCAUCUUCACAAGUUCCCUCUGUUGUCGAAGUGUGGUCUUUUGGAAAAGUUGAUUCGUCAAAAAUCUGAAGAGGGAGAAGAUGGUUGUGUCAUACAAUUACCUGAUAUUCCUGGUGGUCCAAAGGCUUUCGAACUUGCUGCCAAGUUCUGUUAUGGUAUGAAAAUGGAACUGACUGCCUCAAAUGUUGUUUAUCUGCGGUGUGCCGCAGAGCAUAUUGAAAUGACAGAAGAAAUUGCUGAGGGAAACUUGAUCACCCAAACUGAGGUCUUUCUUAAUCAAGUUGUUCUUCGUAGCUGGAAAGACUCAAUUAAGGCACUGCAGACUUGUGAUUAUGUCCUUCCAUAUGCAGAAGAUCUUCAAAUUGUCAAGAGGUGCAUUGAUUCUUUGGCUAUAAAGGCAUGCAAGGAUCCAAGCUUAGUUGGCUGGCCCAUCGUUGAGCAUGGUCCUAUGCAAAGUCCUGGUGGGAGUAUUCUGUGGAAUGGUAUAAGCACAGGAGCAAGACCUAGAUAUAGUAGCUCCGAUUGGUGGUAUGAGGAUGUUUCUUGUUUGAGUUUGCCCAUGUACAGGAGGUUGAUAUCUGCCAUGGAAACCCGAGGCAUCGGGCAAGAGAUUAUAUCAGGGUCUCUUACCUUUUAUGCCAGGAGGCAUUUGCCAGGGCUUGACAGGCGCCAGAGCAUCUCAGAAGCUAACAUUCGUCUGGAACCCAGAGCUUUAAUGGCUCUUCCAUCUGAAGAAGAACAGAGGCAUCUUCUUGAAGAGAUUGAUAAGCUAUUGCCUUCACAGAAGGGUCUGAUGUCAACUAAAAUUUUGUUUGGACUUCUUCGCACCGCUAUGAUCCUGCGAGCCAGCCCCUCUUGCAUGUUUAACUUGGAGAGAAGGAUAGGAAUGCAACUGGACCAGGCCUCCUUGGAGGAUUUGUUGAUUCCAAACUUUUCGGACUCCACCGAAACACUCUAUAAUGUGGACUGCAUCCAUAGAAUUGUUGAACAUUUCGUAGCUAGGAAUCAGAUGAUUGGCGGGGCCUCCCCUGAUGUAGCCGAUGAUGAUCAGUUUUUGGGAUCACCUUCAUUGAUACCUGUAAUCGCAGUUGCAAAGUUGGUUGAUGGUUAUCUGGCAGAGGUUGCAUCGGAUGCCAAUCUAAAGCCAUCAAAGUUUCAAGCAUUGGCUGCUGGUAUACCAGAUGAUGUUCGGCCAUUGGAUGAUGGUCUCUAUCGUGCCAUUGACAUAUACCUGAAGGCACACUCGUGGCUCGCAGAGUCCCAGAGGGAAGAGCUAUGCCGAUUGAUGAACUGUCAGAAGUUGUCCCUAGAAGCUUGCACCCAUGCAGCUCAGAACGAGAGGCUUCCGCUUAGAGUGGUGGUCCAGGUGCUCUUCUUUGAGCAGCUUCAGCUUAAGACAUCUAUUGCUGGAUGCUUCCUCGUGUCUGACAACCUCGAUGGAUCGAGACCUCUGAGGAGUGGGCUUCCGAUCUCCGGCGAGGACACUGGGUGGGCAUCGGCCAUCAGGGAGAACCAGGUCUUGAAGGUGAGCAUGGACAGCAUGAGGAUGAGGGUGUCUGAACUAGAAAAGGAGUGCUCAAGUAUGAGGGAAGAACUCGAGAAGCUCACGAAGGGGAGGAGUGGGUGGAGCACCGGCGGGAGAAAGUUCCGGUCUAACAUUAUCAAGGGCCAGAUUUGCAGUGCCCAAGAGGAUGCCAUUAGCAAAGAGAGAGACACCGUACAAACGUUUGAGAAAGAGCAACUAAAGCUUACAAAAUACAAGAAACAUAUGUGAACAGACAUGUAAAGAUUCUGCCAGCAUCUUGUAGACUUGGUUCUAGUUGACAGGACAUGCAUGUUGUGCAAAAGAAUUGUACUUCAGUAUGCUCACUCCCGAUAGACAUGUCUGGAUUUGGUAGAAGAAUGAUAUUCCAAGUUUUUCUUUCA